AAUCAGCCAUCCUUAUCACAAAUUUUGGACUUGGUAAAAAUUUACGUUGUUGAUCGUUGAUCGUUAAUCCAAUCAUAAGCAUUCUAAGCGAUAAAUAAGAUGAGUUCCAAGUUAUUUUAUUAAAUUCAAUCGCUAAAUCAUACGAAAAUAAUGAAAAAUCCUAUAAUGAGUACGAGUAGUAGGUAAAUGAAACUUGGGAAAUGACAGUUUUAUGUUAUGUGCGAUCUGUGGUGUUGAAUUCGCUUAAAACUGUAGUCGAAUCGUCAUUAUGCGAAAAUUUCAUGAUUUCCCAGCAAUUGUUUAAAAAAAUUUGACUAUAUGGUCAUGUAGUAUGUGCCAAUGCGAAGACUCGCCGUUGAAUCUUCGAAAUAACACAACGCAAUGUACAACUGGAAGAGAAAACUUUGUAUUUUGAAGGGAAAAAUUCUUUCUAGUGUUUAUUCAUUGUAUUGCAAUUUCAAAGUUCUUUGUUGUAGUUGUAGAUAUUACAUACGAGUAUCAUUUGCUGCUGAGCAAACUGAGUGUUUUUCAAAACUUCCAAAGAUGGAAUUACCUUACAUGUAGGAUUUUUCUUCGUUUUUUCUUUCUUUUAGUAUGAUUUAGCGAUUGAAUUUGAUAAAAUUACUCAGAACUCAUCUUAUUUAUUGCUUGUGAUUAGAUCAACGAUCAACGAAGUAAAUUUUUACAAGUCCAACAUCGUGAUAAGGAUGGCUGAUUGUUUGGGUACGGGUCGGGGUCUAUGGUCGAGCGUAAAAAUCUGUAUUUCGACUCCCCAGAACAUACCUUUCAAGAAAAUCAAAAAAAAAAUUUUUUUACAACUUUUAUUAUUGUAGUUGCUCUAUUUUUUGACCUCAGAUUUAGGGUCAAGAGAAUCGUUCGCGAACGUUUCAACCCCCACAGUCAGAUUCAGCACCCUAAGUACUACUAAUAUCCACCAUAAAAAAGAUAUCGAUUUUUUGGACACUAAGUUGGUUUUCUCGUGACAGAUCACAUUUUUAAAAAAUUGUCGAAGAAUUUUGAUUUACAAAGUUAUUAGUUAGCGAAGCCGCAAAGCGAUAAAUUUGAAGAAAGGCUUGAGUGUGGUAUAUAGUAUCAAUUACAUUCUAUCUCAACUGCGCAAAUGCCAAUCGUACUGAUUGCUGCCCUAUAAAUUCGGUUUCAUUAUUCACUAUUUGGAAGAAUGACUUACACUCCGUUUGAAGAAAUAAAACUGGAUGCCCGUCCGAAUGGCGUAUUCGACACCAUGGACGAAUACAGAAAAAAGAAUCUCUUUUGCGAUGUGACUCUCGAUAUCGGCGGUACUUUGUUUCCUUGUCAUCGUCUCAUUUUGACAAUCUCGUCUACUUAUUUUCAAGCUAUGUUUAAUGGAAAUUUCAAGGAAAGCAGCUUGAAAACCAUCCCCAUUCAGGGCAUCAAUGCCGAGGUAAUGGAAAUCUUGCUGUCCGCUAUUUAUUCCGCGCGAAUUCGUUUGCUUCCAAAUAAUGCGUAUUUCGUAUUGAAAGCGAGCCAUUUGCUCCAAUGUGAUAAAGUUUUCAACGCAUGUGUGGACUGUAUUAUCAAGAACAUACGCCAUAUGCAUUACUUACCUGAAACAUGUGCAUUUGCAAAAACCGUUGGAGCUGAAAAAUUAUAUGGUGCAUGUAUAGGGAAGUUAGCUACGUCCCUGAUAUUUUGGGGAAAAACUGACAGUUUGUUGGAUCUUUCGUACGAUGUUUUCAAACAUUUACUAUCAAAAGUAAGAUCGACUUGGAGCAGUAUCGAUGAUGACAUUCUAGCGAUAAUUAUCAAGUGGUGUAAAUAUAAUAACACCAGUGCGAAGGAUAUUAACAUGCUCUUACAAGUUCCUACGUUUAGCAAAAACCCCAUCUGGACAUCAGCAGUGGCUGAACUGAUGGUUGCUGCGAGAAGUGAAGAUAGCAGUCAUAGUGCAUAUGGAAUUCUAUCCGAUGAUGGUGAUUUGAGUUUAAAUCUUUAUUUAAAUAGUAUUGAUGUUGAAAGUGGAGCCAGAGGGUGGGGAAGACUGAAGAUAAAUGAGUCAUUUGACAAAUGUACAUUGUCAAAUUUUCAAGCCACCGAUCUAUCUUUCAAGAAAUUUUGUACAAUUGGAACGAAGACUUACUGUUUAGAAUUGAAUUACUUUACCAGAAAAUUCAUCUUUUCUUGUUUUGAAGAUAAUGUUGGAGUAGAUUUGCAAGUGCCUAAUGAUCUGAAAUGUCGUGAUGGUGGUUACUACAUUAUCGCAGUUGAGAAAAUGAUUUAUUUAUUUCAUGGAAUUUUUGCUACGGACAUUUGGGUUUACCACUGUGAACUAGGUACGUGGGAAAAGAUCUUUACUGAAUAUGAUUCACCCUUUCUCAAGGAUUCAUUUCUAAGUGAUUAUCAUCCAUGGUUCGAUGUUACGUUUUUAGAUCAUGUUAUUUAUGUUGUUGGAUGUAAAAAUAGUAACACCGUGACUGAUCGUGAUAAUAGAUAUAUUCUGGCGAUCGAUUCUCGUGCUCCUUAUCAGAUUAGAAAUCGUAUCACAUUCCCAAAUCCUUUUCAACAUGAAAAUGCGGCCGUUUGUUCGUUUGACGGAAAAAUAGCGAUUUCAGGCUCCAGUCACGAUAGUACUUUGCAUAAUACCUUUAGUAUUUUCGAUGUGACGGCUAAUAAAUGGAGAACCGAUCUGCAGCCUAUGAAUGAAGGCAGAGCGAGGCAUAAAAUGAUUCAUCGUGAUGGGUUUAUCUAUGCUGUGGAAAGAAGGCCAUUCACCAAGAAUGAGAAAUAUGAUGUAAAGUUGAAUACGUGGAUUGAGAUGCCAAAGUUGCCUGAACGAGCUCAGUUCGUCAGCUCUGAUGGAGUCAAUAUUACAGUGGGUUUAGGUAACGUAAUCUAUGCUGAAUAAAUUCCUCUGAAGGAUUGGCUACGUCUAUAUUUGUUAAUUUGUCAUUCUUAUUUUCAUUGAAAUGUUAUUUCUUGGUGUACAAUAUUUUCUUGUAUUUUUGUUUGCAUGCUUUUUUUGAUUAUUAGAAUAGAUACUUUAGAUUAAUUUUACGAUUGCCAUUCUGUUUUAUACUCUUAGUUUUUAUCGUUUUGUUCUACGUAUUUUGAAUAGAAUUGCAACGUUGACAGUGUUCCACCAAUUUUUUUUCAAACUUGCAGGUUCUCUGUUUGGGAUAAAGCCUAGUUUUGAUUUGUCAAAUCGAU